AACUGCUCUUCGGCGCCCGCCUGUGACUCCCCGUGGACGGCUCGGCAUCCCCGGCCUCCCGAGACGUCCUCCAGAGGGGCCUAGCCAGGCAGGGGCCUCCCCCUGAGCGUGCUUCCGCUCCUAUGGUCCACGCGGUCGGGCCUGGUUCCCUCAGGGACUUUUUUCUGGGAGGGGCGAAUCCUGCAAUGCCUAAAUGUUCCCAUCUCUAGAGAAAGGCAGUGCAGGGCCGUGGCGGGGAGAAUGGCCACUUGGAGCAGAUAGAAGCUGGUGAGAGACGCCGAGGAGGCUUCGAUACCGGGCUGGGGCCUAGGAGUUUGUGCUUGGGAGAGGCAGGGGACGCGCAGGAGGUUGGAGGGAAGAUGGAAGAGCUGAGUCAAGCCCUGGCUAGUAGAUUUUCUGUGUCUCAAGAUCUGAAUAGCACAGCUGCCCCACACCCCCGCCUGUCCCAGUACAAGUCCAAGUACAGUUCCUUGGAACAGAGUGAGCGGCGCCGCCAGUUAUUGGAACUGCAGAAAUCCAAGCGGCUGGAUUAUGUGAAUCAUGCCAGAAGACUGGCUGAAGAUGACUGGACAGGGAUGGAGAGUGAGGAAGAAGAAGAUAAGAAAGAUGAUGAAGAAAUGGAUAUUGACACUGGCAAGAAGUUACCAAAACGCUAUGCUAAUCAAUUGAUGCUCUCUGAAUGGUUAAUUGAUGUCCCUUCAGAUUUGGGGCAGGAAUGGAUUGUAGUCGUGUGUCCUGUUGGAAAAAGAGCGCUUAUCGUGGCCUCUAGGGGUUCUACUAGUGCCUACACCAAGAGUGGUUACUGCGUCAACAGGUUUUCUUCUCUUCUGCCAGGAGGCAACAGGCGAAACACAACAACAGCAAAAGACUACACCAUUCUGGACUGCAUUUACAGUGAGGUGAAGCAGACUUACUACGUUCUGGAUGUGAUGUGCUGGCGGGGACACCCUUUCUAUGACUGCCAGACUGAUUUCCGAUUCUAUUGGAUGCAUUCAAAGUUACCAGAAGAAGAAGGACUGGGAGAGAAUACCAAGCUCAAUCCUUUUAAAUUUGUGGGGCUAAAGAAUUUUCCUUGUACCCCUGAGAGCCUGUGUAAGGUGCUGUCUAUGGAUUUCCCUUUCGAGGUAGAUGGACUUCUCUUCUAUCACAAGCAGACCCACUAUAGUCCUGGAAGCACUCCUCUGGUGGGCUGGCUGCGCCCAUACAUGGUGUCAGAUGUUCUUGGUAUGGCUGUGCCAGCUGGUCCACUGACCACCAAGCCAGAAUAUGCUGGACACCAGCUCCAGCAGAUUAUUGAGCACAAGAGGAACCAGAAGGAGAGCGUGAAGGAGAAACUCACACACAGUGUCUCUGACAACGGACACUAUGAGCUGGAGCACCUGUCUACCCCCAAGCCAAAGAGCCCUCCCCACAGCCCGGACCACCCUGGGAGCCUCAUGGAGAACUAAAGAAGGCAGCCUCCUUUGAGAGUCACAGAGUGGUGCCUGGUUCCAGAAGGAAGGUUGGGAAGGAGGACGGUAACAACAACAGGUGUCUUAUUUUAGAGUGGACUUACCAAAGCUACUCUAGCUGGAAACAGCUUAUCUCCUAUCUGAAAUGCUGGCUCAAACAUUUAGGGGAAGUUCCUAAAUUAGGUGGUCUUCAGAUGUGAGCAGCAACUCAUAAAAAGUGUAUUGUAGAUUCACAAUGUAAAUAUAUGUAAUUCUUAAGAAAGAACUUGUGAUUCUUAAACUUAAGACAGUUAUGAAUCUCCCCCAGCUACACGCCCCCUCCCCCAGGCUACCUAAACCAUGACUGUUCAAGUCUUGUCCCAUUUCGCUCUGUUUUUGGCACUUAAGCAUUCUGCUGAGUUUCCAGUUGCUGCUGUUGCUAACGUCAUUUUCUAAAAAGUCUUACCAGGAACUGCAGUUCUUAGUAUUUGAAUAUGUUCCCUCUUCUGAGAAAACAAGUGUGAUUUUCUUUGGUUUAGACACUGCCAGAGAUGAAAUGGGUGCAUUCACUGCUUCAACAAACGUUUGAGUGCCUUCAACAAACAAAGAUAAGCCCAGUGGUAGGCCCCUGUGAUGUAGAGUGGGUUAUGGAGAUGGACAGGACUAGGUCCUUGCCCUUGAGGAGCUCAUGAUCUGGUGAGAAAAUAAGUCUACCAGCAUAUAGGGUGUGUCAAGAUGGUGAGAUUGCUUUAGUGCCAAAAGGCACAUAGAACCUUGGGGAGUAGGAAGAGCAGAGGGAGGUUUCACAGAGAAGGUCAGAGCUGGGCCAAGGCUCAGAGGAGGGACAGAAAUGUGCUCUGCAGACGAGGAGGGGAGAAGUUUCUCACAAAGGCAGGAGGGUACGCAGUCUCACCCCUCCAGAGCAGGACAGGACUUGUUCUGGGACCUCAAGUCAGUUCAGCAUGGCUCAAUGUAGGACUGGAGGGUUCUGGAAGAGGAAGCUGAAGAGAGAGAUGGGCUAGAUUGUGUUAUACAGAGGUUUUGGAUUUUAUGUCAAUAUGCAGGGGAGCCACAAAAGACCUUUGAGCAGGCAAGAUCCAUUCAGAUUUGUGAACUAGAGCUCUUUGGCAACUGUGGGAAUGGAAAGAAGAUGGUGUCUACUCUGUUCAUGAAAUGUGUGGCAUUUCCCAUGGCUGCAAUCUGCUUCUCAUAUUGCUUUCCACCUUUCUAGGACUUCUUUUUUUGGACAGAAAGACUUCACUAUUCCACUCCAGUAGCACUAGUGUCCUUUGGACAAAAUUUCAGAGGGAUCCAGGUCAGAUGUGUGACAUGCAGUUGUUCCUUUGUGUUGAUUAAUUCUGGGAACAAAUCUGGGCCGGAGUUGUUAAGCGCAGCCUGAUUACACAAAAUCAGCAUACCAUAGUGGAUCUAGCUUCAGUGUUGAGAGCUGCUCAAGCUGACACUGUAAAAUCGGAGAAGCACCCUCCCCCCACACCUAACGAGGUUCCUGCUGGCUGCAGAUUUCAGCAUGGCUACAUCAAUAAACUCUUUCCUGAAUUCCAAUAAGGUCAGUUCCGCAGUAGGAACAUUGUGUUCCUCUUGCCAAGAAGCAUGCUGUUGGUUGCCUAGAUGUUUCAUCUCUAAUGACCUUCCGAAUGCUCUAGUCUGUACUCAGCAGCCAACUGCAUCAUUUCAAGAACAGUGCAUGCUAGUAUCAGUGAGACUUGGCUGGGUUCUGUUCAGAAAUAAUCGGGUCUGGAAGGACUCCUUCCCCAAAGGACACUCAGGACAGAUGCAUGAGUCAAAGAACAUAUUAGCCAAACAUCACCACGCAUAACUUGGUAUUGUUGAAUGGUAGCUGGAUGGAUGUACCUCAGAGGAGUUCCCCUUAUAUUUUUAACUGAGGAGCCAGUAUUAUCAAUUACUGAACAUAAUGUAUCUCCUAGUCAUACUUUGUGAAAUGCCACCUAUUUCAAAGAUGGUUUGCUAUUGGUUGCUGUGAUUGUAUAUUAGUUUUCUGGCAGCUAUCCUUCUGAACAAUUUCCAGUUUCUUUUUUGUGGAAUUAUCUCUUCCCCAUGCAAUAUGGUCUGGUGGGACUAUAAUUUGGAAGAACUGCCCUCCCUUAGCCAAGCAUCAGGCUCAUGACUCAAGAUGGGCCAAUCACAUGCUCUUCAUUAAGAAUUUGUGUCUCAAGCAGAGGAACAAAGGGAGUGAAUCAGUAGAAAUUUGUAUAUUUUGUCCACAGAGGGGCAGGGGUUGUUUCUUCUUCUUGCUAUAAAACCUGUGAACAUCCAGUAAAUCCCAUCUUGUUUAAAGUAGUUAAAGCUGAUUUCUGGGCUUGCAACUAAAAAAUCCUGAUACCAUUGCCCAGUGUAGCCUACUCUGCUUGCUUUGACUGGAGGACUAGCUUGGCAUGAGUUAGCAAGAGACUACUAGUUGAGAUCACCUGUUUCAUGUCAAGUGCCACUGGAACCCAUGCACCUAGAAAAGACUAGGUAAGAUAAAUAGUCUUGGCUAUUUUAACGUUAGCUCAGAAAAGCCAUGCCAGGUUCUAAUGACUGCACGGAAGAAUUGGUGUCAAACAAAUCCACUUUGGCAAUGAUUUAUUCUCCACUAUUUCUGUACUAGCUCACUUCUCACUCAUGUCUCAACCCACUGAAAUCUGACUUGUGUUGUUACUACAUCAAGUCCUCUCAUCAAGGGACCAGUGGUCUCCUGUUUUCCAAAUCCAAGGGAUAUUUUCCAGGUUUUCUUACCUGACUUCACCUGCUGUGUAUAUAUGCUGUUGCCCUCUAUAAUCUCCAGCCCUGUACAUAUAGCUACUUAUCGGUGACCUCCCAGUCACCUCAAAUUUAGCAUGUCCAAAAUUGAACUCAUUAUCUUUACCCUUCAGUCAUGUUCUUUCUGAGAUCCUUGUCCAUGUUAAUAGCAUUUAGUCACCCAAGCUUGGAACCUAGGAAUCAUUCUGAUGAUUCCUGUCCAUUUCUUACCUUUAACAGCUAGUGAAUCACCAUGUCCUUUAAAUCCCACCUCUCUCUCCUCCAUUUCCUCUACAAACCAAUGCAUUAAUUCAAGCCUUCAUCUUUUCUCUCCUGGAGUACUGCCAGAGUCUCUUAUUUUCAUUGUCACCAGUCUUUUCCCACCCCUGCUCCCUCUAAUCUAUCCCUGCUACAACAACUGGCAGAAUGAUCCUUACUAAAAAUGCAAAUCUAAUCCUUUACUUCAGGGACUUCCCAUUGCCUACAAGGCACAUGUGGAGCUUCUUAGCUUGCCAUGCAAGUUUCCUCAUGACCUGGCCUUAGUGUAUCUGUCUAGCCUUAUAAAUUACCUUGACUCCUUUGCUGCCUCCCCUCCAGUGAUGCUGCUUUAUCGAAACACAUGUGUUUCAUACUCCCCUCCCUCACACAUAAUGCCAUGCCGCCUUGCUCUGAUUGCAUUCACCUGGUGAAUAUACCUAUUCAUCUUUGAAAAACUCCAUUCAACAGAUACCUAUUUGAACCUUUACCUUUGCAGGUAGAAUUAGUCAUUCUCAUCUUUGUGCCCUCCCAAUCCCACUACAUAACUGUCAACCAAAGUUGAGGAUCAUCCGCAAGACCACUCUAAUUCUGACACAAUUGCAAGUUAGAGAUAGCCCCCAAGACGACUCUUAGGUUUCAUAAUUCACCAGAAAGAUUCAUAAGACUCACUGAAGACUGUUAUACUCAUGGUUACAGUUUAUCACAGUGAAAGGAAACAUUAAAGUCAAGAAGGGAAGAAAUGCAUGGGGCAGAGUCCAGGAAAGUUCCAAAUGGGGAUCUUUCAGUUGUCUUUUCCUAGUGGAGUCAUGGAGAGCAUUAAAUUUUCUUGGUAACCAUGUGUGACAAUACUCACAAAGUAUUGCCAACGAGGGACUCUCACUUGAGCCUUGGUGUCCCAAGUUUUUAUGGGGGCCUGGUCAUGUAGACCUGGUUAGCAGACCGCAGUUUCCAGCCCCUCCGGAGGUCUAGCUGAUAAUGUGAUUCAAAGUCUUCUUCCCCUCAGUCACAUUACUAGACUUCUAGUGUGGCCAGAGACCCCCAGGUAAACAGACAUUUCUAUUAGGCAGGACAUUCCAAGGACUUCGAGGUUACUUCCCAGAAGCCAAAGGCAAAGACCAACCUCUCUUUGGGCAAGGUUAAAUUCUUUACUACACACUUCUUCUGUUAGAUUGUAAGCUUCUUAAGGUCAGAGAUCUGGUCUUAUUUUUAGAUCUCCAGUGCUUGGCAUAAUGCCUGGCACUUGUAUCAAUAAAUGUUGGUUAAGUAAAUGUAAUGAUGAGCUGGAAUGAGAAGGCAGUGUGGAGGAGAGUCCCUCCCCCCUCCACUGCUGAGGAGUGACCCUAGAGAGAAAAGGCUGGCGGCUAACAGGUGAUUGGAUAUACUGCAGACUUAUAAUAACAAGAACUAUAUUUAGUUUUAUAGAUAUACUUGAAAGUAUGGCCUAAAAAGUUCUUACUAUGUAUAUUAGAGGAGGGAAAGAAAGAAUCUUCCUAGCUACAGACUUCCUUUCUAAUAAGGGGGUGAGCAAAAACCCCACAAUCUAUUUUUUUAAGCAAGUGUGUCUUCUAUGCCUUCUGAUACAUAGGGAAGGAAAAGUAGACAGUACCAACCCGUCUUGGGAUUCCGUGAUUAUACCUGAUCAUUACAUCAAAGAAGAACCAAAUUAAGUUUUAAAGUUUCUCUAAGUGCUGAGAGAUUUGGUUUGGGGCCUUGAUUUUGAUUAUGACUCACCUCCCCAGAGGGUCUCCCAUCCAAUGAUAAGGCAGAGGGAGGUGGAGAGGACCUGGGAGAACUGGGAGGCUGGCAGUAGUGAAGGUGAAUUAAGAAUGGCCUCAGGCUGCAAAUAUCUGAGUGAAAGGAAAAAGUCCCCUAAUGUGGGAUUUGUGGGAUUGUUUCUCACAUCCAUUCCAAAUGAGGAGGGUUCUUUAGAAAAGCUGAAUUUUUAUUUGUUUUGAGGAGGCAGAAAAGUGGCCAGAGCAGCCUGGGAAACUGGGAGGUAGGCCUCACUAUUGAGCCUAGUCCAGAGACAUUCUCCCCAUCUUAAGGGACAGUGUGGGACCAGAAGAGGCAAAUUUCGAAAUGUAGAGAUCUCUUCUGUCUAGGACUUGAAACAGACCAUUAGCAUCUGUAGCAAACUUCCUUCCUCCCAGUGGACUAGCAGUCCUUCAGGCCUUCAGCCUCUCCCUCUGUUUUUGCCCUUCAGAUAUUCUCUGCAAUAGACUGAGGAAAUAAAAGAUGGAACUCAAAUCUGUCAGUUCUGCUUCUCAUUGGCAAUUUUAACAAAAGUUUUUAUAAGAGAGGAAGUUGAAACUGGCUGCAAUAAGGUUCUAUUUGUGGCCUUAAUUUAUCCAUUUUGCUCUGGCUUCCCCAUUAACACACAUAAGUCAAAGUGAGUAAAAGCAGUGCAGUGUAAUUCCAUUGCUACCUCUUUCGUAUUAAAUGUUUCUCACAAGCAACUAAGUAUCCAAGGUAAUCAGAGCUGUUCGGUAUUUGGCAAGAAUUAGACCUUGUCCACUAGAAAAAGACAUACCUAUUGUUUCAGCAAACAUUGAGCACCACCUACUAUGUGCUGUACAUUGUGCUAGGUUCUGAAGAGACAGAGUAAUGAAUAAGACAUUGUCUCUGCCCUCAAGGAGUUCAUGGGCUAGUGGGAGAAACUAACAAGGAAGUAAAUAAUUAUAAUUCAGUGUUGGGUAAACUCUAAACAAGUAUCAAGUAUAAAAGUAACAUCGUAUAGUGAUUGAUUAACCUGUGAUCUAGGAGUGGUUAAGUGUUAGUUGAGAAAAUUGUGUGAGGAAAGAGGCAGAUCAUAUUUUAAUAAAAACAAAAACAGGAUAGCAAUGGUAAGGACCAGUCCCUAUAGUAAUGUUCCAAAUGUAAUCUACAUAGUAUAAGAUUUUUCGCCUUCCUUACAGAGGUCACCUUUAGCUAUCUUAGUUAUUAUAAACGUGGCCUAUGAGUAAACAAGAAAAAAUUUUCACCCUAGACAUUGGUUAGCAGUAUGAUCUAUUUACUCUGUAUCUGUUUGUUUUUUCAAAAAAUGGCAACAAGAACUUUUUUGGAUCUCUUACCUCUAAAGCAUGUCUAUAGCACAACACAUGUGUCUUUCAUAGGCAGCAGAUAUUUUGAGUAAUGUUUUGAGAGAAGCUUUGGAUUUUAGAAGUAAAGUCGUUUUUGGGGAAAGGUUAUAAAAUUCCAGUCACAGCUUUGAAAGUAUCUUUGUUCUUAGACGAGAAUAGAUAUAAACAGGGCAGGAGAAAAUGGUAAGAUAGAGGCCUCAGAGUUAAGAUGACUGUCUUCAUUGAUUUAGUUAUUCAACAUACAUUUAUGAAGGGACUGCCUACCAGAUACUAGUCUCUAGUUACUAAGGGUCCAGGAUCUAACAAGACAAAUGUGGUUCCUGCUUUCCUGGAGCUUACAGUCUCAGAGAGCAGGCAGAUACUAGGCUAAUGAACAAGUACAUGAUUGCAAAUUUUGAUUAGCUCUCUGAUAAAAAAUAAGAGGGUGCUCUGAGGGAAUCUAACUCAGUUUAGGAAGUAGCCACAGAAGAUUUUGCUAAGGAUGUGACUUUUGAGCUGCAACCUUGAGGAUGAGUCACAUUUGUCUGUUGAGCAAGGUGGGAGGAGGGGAGGAUAAGGUUUCUAGACAGAGACCUGAAACCUAUGCUUUAAAAGCAAAAAACAAAAAUACAAGCUAUAACAGCCCUCCCCCUAAGGUUCCCUCUUUAUAAUUUAUUUUCCACUUUCAGAUUUCAGUUCAUGUUAAAUGUAUUGAGGUAAUGAUUAACAACAUGAAUUUCAGGUGUACAAAUUUAUAUUACAUCUGUAUACUCUAUUGUGUGCUGACCACCUGAAGUCUAGUCUCCUUCUGUCACCUCGUAUAUGAUCCCGUUUGCCUUCUUCCUCUUUCCCCCACUCUGAUGUUAACUUAAUAAACAUGUUUUUGUCACCUACAUUCUCCCAACCCUACCCUAGCUUUCCUUCAGAGGCCCUGCAGCCAAGCAUUUAAAAGUGCAAAGAGGCUAUGUCAGUACAUAUGUAUCUACUUUAUAUAUAUGUAUUUUUUUUGUAAAAUGAGGAUCAUAAUUUCGGCUAUCUCAUACUAUGAUGGUGAGAUUAGGUGAAUGAAAGUUAUUUAGAACAGUGGCAUGUAAGGACACAAUAAAUGUGAACUUACUAUUUCGGUG